UCCAAUCCAAGAUGGACGAAAGGCCUACUUCCGAGGAAAUAAAAAAGUUGAAAGUUGUCGAACUUAAGGCUCGCUUGUCAUCGCUUGGACUGCACACUUCAGGCCUGAAAGCUGAACUAGUGGCAAGACUCCAGAGUUAUUUUGAGUCGCUGCCACCUCCCCAGCCACCUCCAGCUGAAGAAAGCAGUGAUCAUGAAGCAGAGCCUGAAGUUUCCACUCAAGAAGUGAUUCAACCCCAACCUACAGAGACUCACAGUGAAGAAAAAGAUGUCAAACAUGUGAUGUUGCCAAUUACAGAUACUGACCUGCGAAUGUAUCCUUCUGAUUCUGAACAUUAUCCAGUAAUCAUUAAAACAGAAGAUGAGCAUCGUGUAUCUGGAUCAGUCGUUCCUUUAGAGGAGAAGGCCCCUUAGGAUUCUAAAGCAGUUGAAGAUGAUGGUUUGCCAGUUCCUCACGAACAACAAAGUUACUAUGUGGGUGAAACAGUAGAAGAAGCCUUAGAUCAACAGAGCACCCCAGACAGAAAUAUUGUAGGAAAUAUUCAGGACCAGGAUAAUUCACAUACCCAAGUAGAAGUAACUCAUACAACCUUGCUUGAACCAGAAAGUAUUCAUGAACAAAUUCAAGAUGACAAAAUGCAAGAAGAGGAUGAAACACCAGUUGAGCAAAUUCAGCGAGAAACCAUAGACAUUCCAAUAUCUAGCCAGAAUCAAAUUGCAUCAGAAAAUGCUGCGCUUUCAAGAGGAUUUGUACAAGAAUCUGUACAAGGCAAUGCCCAAGAGCAAGAUGCUGAGUUUUAUACACCAGAGGAGCAAGAUAUUCCACAGUCGCAUCCUGCUACUGAUGAGCUCCAGCAAGAAUCGUACAAAGAUGAUGAUCUCACAACCUCAGAUUCUCAUGAACCAUGGGUUAUGGUAGAUUAUCCCCCUGGUGAGGAACAGGACAGUUUUGUUAAUCAUGACCAUAAUGAACCUCCACAGGCUCAGCAAGAGAUUGGGCGUGACAGCUUUGAACCAGAGACAGCAGAAGAAGAAAAUGAAUACCAGGAUUAUGCUGGUGAUCAGAGGAUUGACACGGAGGACCUUGAUGAUGAACAACCAGAGCAGCGUGUAGAGAGCAAAGAUAAGAAAAAGAGGAAAAAGAAGAAGAAGAAAAAGAAGAAGAUUGAGUUUGUCCAGGAUGUCCAACAUGGCACGGAAGAAGAGAAAGAAAAUGUUGAAAUUGAGUAUAUUACUGAGUCCAUCAGUCCAUUGGAUCCUAACUACAGAGCAUUUGCCAAGAUUUUUGAAGCAUUCAAGUUGUCAGAUCCUACUGAAAGUGAUGCAGCAGAGAAAAAGACUGAUGAAAAGGAAGAAACAGUAGCGGCAAAAAAGAGUGAAGUGAAAGAUCUCACCAAGGAUGAGGAUGAUGAUGAUGAUGAUGACGAUGACGAUGAAGAUGUGAUGAAAAAGCCUGAAGAUGAACAGCCAAAGCUGUCCAAGAAAAAACUUCGAAAGAUGAACCGAUUGAGUGUAGCUGAAUUAAAGCAGCUUGUCCCCAGACCUGAUGUUGUUGAAAUGCAUGAUGUCACUGCACAGGAUCCUAAAUUUCUUGUCUUCUUGAAGUCUUGCCGUAACACUGUACCUGUUCCUAGACAUUGGUGUUUCAAAAGAAAGUACCUUCAGGGCAAAAGAGGUAUUGUGAAGCCACCAUUUGAGCUGCCAGAGUUUAUAAAGAAAACUGGUAUUAUGGAGAUGAGAGAAGCCAUGCAAGAAAAGGAAGAUCAAAAGACUAUGAAAGCAAAGAUGCGAGAGAAAGUCAGACCAAAAAUGGGCAAGAUUGACAUUGACUAUCAAAAGCUUCAUGACGCAUUCUUCAAGUGGCAAACAAAACCAAAGAUGUUCAUCCACGGUGAACUUUACUAUGAAGGAAAAGAAUUUGAAACAAGAUUGAAAGAAAAGAAGCCAGGAGACCUGUCAGAUGACUUAAGAACAGCCCUGGGUAUGCCGAUUGGCCCCAACAGUAAUCUCGUUCCACCGCCCUGGUUAAUCGCUAUGCAGAGAUACGGCCCACCGCCUUCAUAUCCCAACCUCAAGAUCCCUGGAUUGAAUGCACCCAUACCCGAGGGUGCCUCCUUUGGUUAUCACGCGGGAGGCUGGGGCAAGCCUCCAGUGGAUGAACAAGGGAAGCCUUUGUAUGGUGACGUGUUCGGUAUACAGUCGCACGAGGCACCGACGAUGGAAGAAGACGAGCAAAUUGAAAGUCAGCCCUGGGGCGAAUUAGAAUCCGAGUCCGAAGAGGAGUCUGAAUCCGAGGAGGAAUCGGAGGAAGAAGAAGAUCAAACGGGUCUCAUUACACCGGCGGACACUGGUUUAAUCACACCGAGUGGUCUGACCUCCAUACCAGCUGGCAUGGAGACACCGGACAUGAUUGAACUGCGAAAGAGGAAGAACAUCGAGGAGGCCAUGGAGAGUGGUGCUGAACAACAUCCGCUGUACACAGUACUGCCUGAGAAGAGAGUCAACGUGGGCGCCGCCAUGAUGGGAUCUGCGCAUGUGUACGACAUGGCGACGGCAGCCGCAGGAGGUCCCAGAAAAGCUGGUGCACCUCUCACCGAAGGCGUCGAGGUAGCACUGGACCCGAGUGAACUGGAGUUAGAUCCAGCUGCCAUGCAAGCCAGAUACGAAGAACAACUCAAAGAACGUGAGAGUCAACUGCAGAAAGAGGAUCUCAGUGACAUGGUUGCAGAACACGCCGCCAAACAGAAGAAACGUAAGAAGGCCACAGACAGUGGGAAAUCCGCGAAGAAAUACAAAGAAUUCAAGUUCUGAGAACAAGAAUUUCAACAUUCGUCUUUCCAAAGAUAUUGCGUCCUUUCUAUCUGUACAGUACUGGUAAACGCGCCAAACUUGUGGUUUAAGACCUUUAUUACCCAUGCUUUUCUUUUUUAACCUUGUUUAAUGGUUACAAACUCGACUAGUUUAAUUAAAAGAUUAA